AUGCGGUGGCGGCUGCCGGGCGCCCGUUCGACCCUCCCCGCCAGCGUCGCCCUCCUCCUCCUUCCGGUCCUGGUUGUUCCGCAGCAACAUCCAGAAUCCCAUGACUACUCCGUGCCCCAUGUCUCCGUGCCGUCAGCGCCGGCGGGAGCAGACCCAAUUCAUUCUAGCGCGGCUACCAUAGCCGUGCCUCCCAUCGUGAAAUCCAACGAUGCGAGCGCCCUGGCAACUCUGGCUCUGGCAGGCUCCGGCCGCGCCGUUCGAGCCCCUCCCGUCCGGGCUAGCAGUACCGCUGCUGGCCUGGCUUCGCAGCUUCACGCGCGGUCCCUGCAGGACUGGGAGGUUGAGGACUUUGUGCUGUUGGCGACCGUCGACGGAACGAUUCACGCGAGAGACCGCAAGACCGGCUCUUCUCGCUGGGCCCUCGAGGUGCCCAGCAGUCCUCUCGUGGAGAGUAUCUAUCAUCGUGCCAAUCGCUCGAGCUUUGACGAAACCCAGCCCGAGGAUGACUUCUUGUGGAUUGUCGAGCCCAGCCAGGAUGGCAGCUUGUAUGUCUACAGCCCGGGCCCCGAGGCUGGGUUACAGAAGCUCGGCUUGACGGUCAAGCAAUUGGUGGACCAAACCCCUUAUUCCGGUAUUCAACCUGCUGUGACGUAUACCGCUCGCAAGGAGACAACGUUGUAUACGAUCGAUGCCCGGACUGGGAGCAUCCUGCGGGUGUUUAGUUCUCGGGGUCCAUUCACCACGGGACAGGAGUGCCGAAAGGUGGAUGGCCUUGAAACGGACUCGGAUGAGUGCGAGACAACCUCUGGUACCCUCGUACUCGGUCGUGUAGAGUAUGCCGUGGCUAUCCAGAACACCGAGACGGGAGACCCGAUCUGCACGUUAAAGUACUCUGAGUGGGCUCCGAAUAAUCGGGACAUUGACCUUCAAAGUCAAUACUACCGCACAAUGGACCAAAGUCAUAUCUAUAGCAUGCAUGAUGGAGUGGUGUUGGGAUUUGAUCAUUCUCGGAUGGACCGGCCUCGGUACACGCAACGAUUCUCAUCCCCAGUGGCCCGCGUCUUUGAUGUGGUUCGACCUGCCAAUAAGGAUGCCCCGGAUGCAUCGACCCCCUUGGUCCUGCUUUCCCAACCACUUCAGCCUCCCGACCCCGACUACGGUACUUUGGAUGAUCGGGACACGCGUGUGUUCAUCGAUUCGACCAAUGCAGGCGGAUGGUAUGCUUUGUCUGAAGAGACGUACCCUCUAGUCACGGGCCGGGCCCCAAUGGCGCAAUGUUAUGACAAGGACUUUUUCCGCAAAGGGCAAUUGCUUAUGAGUUUGACCCCGAGUCAGCAACGGGACGCAUUGGCUGGUGUGCACUCAUUGAAUGGACCGCGCAUUACUCCAUCUAUUCCCCGACUGGGCAGUUCCUCGACUACAGAACUGUCCAACGACACUCCCCGCGAUGUCCUUCGCAGCCCAUCCGAACUAGCGCUACCUCCCGCCCUUCGGCACAGCGCUAUUAUCCGCAAAAGUUGGGAUAACGCAUUGGAUAUCGUCGUUACGUUGAUCUUGCUGUUCAUUGGCACUUUCAUCUACUUUAACUCGCAUCAUAUCCGGGAUCUCGCGAAGCAGAAACUGGACAUCAAGAACAUCAUCAACUCCAACGACAAGUCUUCGCUGUCGACUCCCGCCACUCCCAUCCUUGGCUCAGCCCCGGAUAUCCCGCGACCGUCUACUCCAGCUCGACAACUUCCUGGCGUCACUGUUGAUGUUGACCUUGGAGACAGCACUCCGGAGGGUGAGGUUACCCCUCGCCCCUCACGGGACAGCAGUGUACCGCCACUUUCGACGCCUCGCGUGCAGAUUCGUGAGCCAUCCCGUGAACCGGAUGAUGGCGAAGCGGAAGACGGCGCUCAAGACCCUGACAAGCCGAAAAAGAAACCUCGCAAGCGUGGUACUCGUGGUGGGAAAUCACACCGCAAGAACAAGAAACCAGGCACCGAGGGAGAUGCCAACCAGGCUGAUCGGGUCGUCGAGCAAGUCAACAACAUGGCUCCACAGUCUCGUCUGGAGCCUGAUGUGCAAAUGACUCGCACCGUCUCCAACGAGAUUGUGGAGAUGGAUGGUGUCAUUCGUAUCGGUCGAUUGGAAGUCUUCACCGAUGUCGUCCUUGGACACGGCAGUCACGGUACCGUGGUGUAUCGGGGUGUAUUUGAUGGGCGCAAUGUGGCCGUCAAGCGCAUGCUGAUGGAGUUUUAUGAUAUUGCUUCUCAUGAAGUUGGACUGCUGCAGGAGAGCGAUGAUCACCACAACGUUAUUCGGUACUUCUGUCGUGAACAGGCAGCGGGCUUUUUGUAUAUUGGUCUGGAACUCUGUCCUGGAUCGCUGCAGGAUGUAAUUGAACGUCCAUCUCAACAUCCCGAGCUGGUGGAAGGUGGCCUUGACAUGCCAGACAUCCUCAAGCAAAUCACCCAGGGUGUCCGCUACCUGCAUUCUCUCAAGAUCGUUCAUCGUGACUUGAAGCCGCAGAAUAUCCUGGUUGCCACGUCUCGCGGUCGCACUUCAAUUCGCUCUCUUCGACUGCUCAUCUCCGAUUUUGGACUCUGCAAGAAGCUCGAGGACAAUCAGAGUUCCUUCCGUGCCACCACUGCGCAUGCCGCCGGUACAUCGGGAUGGCGUGCGCCUGAGCUAUUGGUGGAUGAUGACAAUGUGGCCAUGAGUUCCGAAUCACAGCAUACUGAGUCCUCAGAGCCAGCCGUUGUGGACCCGCAGACCAAUCGCCGGGCUACUCGUGCCAUUGACAUCUUCUCGCUGGGGUGUGUGUUCUACUAUGUGUUGACUCGUGGUAGCCAUCCGUUCGACAAGAACGGCAAGUUUAUGCGGGAGGCCAAUAUUGUGAAGGGUCAAUUUGACCUGGAGGAGUUGAAUCGCUUGGGCGAUUAUGCCUUUGAGGCUGAUGAUCUUAUCCGCUCCAUGCUGUCUCUUGAUCCCCGUCAACGACCCGAUGCCAGUCAGGUACUCAUGCACCCCUUCUUCUGGCCCCCGUCGGAUCGACUCAGCUUCCUCUGUGAUGUUUCCGAUCACUUUGAGUUUGAGCCACGGGAACCCCCCUCGGAUGCCCUGCUCUGCUUGGAGUCGGUCGCCGAGCGAGUGAUGGGUCCGGAGAUGGACUUUUUGCGCCUGCUCCCUCGCGAUUUCAAGGACAACCUGGGUAAGCAGCGCAAGUACACCGGUGACCGGAUGUUGGAUCUCCUGCGUGCGCUGCGUAACAAGCGCAAUCACUAUAACGACAUGCCCGAGUACUUGAAGGCGCAUAUCGGUGGACUGCCGGAAGGUUACUUGAACUUUUGGACUGUGCGCUUCCCCAGUCUGUUGAUGAGCUGCCACUGGGUGAUUGUCGAGUUGGGUCUUAUGGAUAUCGACCGUUUCCAGCGAUACUUUACUCCUGAGUAG